AUGGAGCCACGCUGCGUGCCGCGCAAGCUGGUGCUCUGCUUUGACGGGACGGGGAACAAAUUCAAGGGGGAUGACAGCGACAGCAAUAUCCUCAAGAUUUUCCGCUGUCUAGACCGGACAGCGGGUAAAACAGACCACUACUACCAACCCGGCAUCGGCACCUACGUAAUCUCUCAAUCGCUCUCACAUACGAGUAUAGGCGCCCGCCUACGGUCCUGGUACCUCAAAGCCAAAGACUCGGCCAUCGGAAGCUCCUUCGACCAGCACGUCGUGGGGGGCUACCGAUUCCUUAUGCGGUUCUACAGUCCCGGCGACGAGAUCUAUUUCUUCGGGUUUUCUCGCGGAGCUUACGUUGCACGGUUCUUAGCUGAGAUGCUCGAUUACGUCGGCCUGUUGUCGCAUGGCAAUGAGGAGAUGGUCGUAUUUGCUUGGAAGGCAUUUUCUCAUUGGCAGAGUCGUCGGACGGAUCCAUCUGAGGAGGGAGAGAGGGAAAAGAGGGAGAUGUAUAGGUAUAUGAAGGGGUUUAGGGAGACGUUUAGUCGGCCAGUGAAGAGGGUCCGGUUUUUGGGUUUGUUUGAUACGGUGAAUUCGGUCCCACGUUUCGAGACAGCUUGGAUGCAGAGAUCCAAGUUCCCUUACACGGCCAGAAGCAGCGCCAAGGUCAUCCGCCACUGCGUCAGCAUCGAUGAGCGCCGCGCCAAGUUCCGACAGGACCUUAUCUACCAAGUCAACGGAAAAGAACACAAGAGAAACGGCCAUGGUCCCGCCAACAAGACACCGUACGAGUUCUCCGAGAAGUAUCGUGCCCGGCGGGCAGCGGUAUCGGGUCCGUCAGUACCCAUCGGCCAGAACCGCGGACGGAGAGAGACUCUCGCUCCACCCGAAGAGCAGGCCUUCAGACCACGAUCGCGAUCGAAAUCCCGCACUACCAGGGGCUCGGCAAGUGGUAUUUCCGACAUGUCCCACGCUGAGUUUGAGUACGACUCUGACUCAGAAAACGAAGGACAGGAUAUCGAUGAGAUAUGGUUUGCAGGCGGCCACGGCGACGUCGGCGGCGGCUGGGAAUUCAUCGAAGACUGCAAAUCAGCCAGUCAUAUCCCACUCACGUACAUGAUCCGCGAAGCGCAGCGAGCCGGGUUGCACUUUGACCCUGAAAAACUCGCCGAUAUGGGGUGUUCUGCGCCCCACACUGAAGCGUCUGCGGCUGUGACACAUGAUGGUCAUCUCGAUGGUGACAAUAACGAAACCGACGGCCUAGACGCCAGCGUGCCCGAUAUCCGCAUCGCCGUGUCGAGCCCCAGCCCGGGUACCUCGCCUAUUUUUAGAGAUAUACAGUCGAAAGACUGGAGUCGCUUCCACUACAACCACGAAAACGCAGACUCCAAACCUCAAGACGGUUACCACCAGCAGAAUCACGAAAGCACCAACCCCUUCCACCAACUCCUCUACAAAGCCCACGUAGCCUGCAUUCACGACUCCCUCGAAUUCUCCUCGGGGCUAAGUAUAACCCAAGUGCUGAGCUGGAAACUAAUGGAGUACCUGCCCUUCCGGCGGAUGGACCUAAAAGCUGACGGAUCUUGGCGGCCUAUCCGGUGGCCGUUGCCGUGUGGCGAGGUGAGGGAUAUGCCUCACACGGCGAGGGUGCACGGGUCGGUGAUACGACGUAUGAGGGAGGAUGAGGGUUAUAGACCAGGAAAUCUCAUCGUGGGGGGUGGAGGAAGGGGUAUGCGCAGGGCGCCAAGGGAGAGGGGGUGCGGGGAGUGGGUUUGUGUAGCGGAGGCGGGGGAUCCUGUGGGUGAGGUUUGGUGA